GUUUCAAUAUAUAUUUGAGGUCGCUGUUAAUUAUAUUCAAUCCGUGGAUGGAAAUAUACAUAAACCAAAAAUAUGGCACAUUUACUUAGAUGCUUCGUGCUUUGUUUGCUAAGCGAGUAUUUAAUUGUUUUUUCAUUGCUUAACAACUACAAUUAUUCUAGUAUUGGAAAUAUGACUGGAGGAUUAGUGACUGAUGAUGAGUUGGGAAAUGCUGAUAUUUUCCGUCAGCUUCUAAAUCAAGAAACUAUUAUUCGAGUGGCUCUGGUACAAAACGUCCAUUCUCUAAUGAAAGACAUUCUGACCGUUAAGAAUUCAAUGCUCGUGUUGGAAACAGUUGUGGAAAAAUUCAAACUUGCAACGGAAAAGACAAUUUUCAAGUUAGAAACAGAAGUAGAAAAACUAAAAUCGGAAAACCAGCGUCUAAAGAACGAUAAUGCAGAAAUGAAAUUAUUUCCUUGCAAUUGUGUAAAUGGAACAUUUCAAACAGUCCAAGACUCAAUUUCAGAAAUGCAGAGAAAUCUUGAAACAAAGUUUACACAACUUGAUUCAGAGUUACAGACGAUAACAGCAAAGAAAGCAAAUGUAUCAUCCAUUGCAUCUUUAGAGACAUCCUUGUCAUACAUUUCAACUCAAAUUGGAAACCUCUCAAAGAGUGUGGCCUUCACAGCUGGAGCGACGACUUCUAGUGCUUCUUGGAACAGUGGAACAUUAGUAUUCGAUAAAGUUAUCAACAACGUGGGAGGAGGGUAUAACCGUCACACCGGAAUCUUCACCGCACCAGUUGAGGGGCAUUAUGUGUUCUAUGUCUGUAUCGUAAAUCAUAGCUCUUUAUAUGUAGACUUAGUGUUAAACGGAUCUAGUCAAGUCCAAGCAAUGGCUAACUCUUUUAAUGCUAACGAUCAAUAUGAGACAGGUACAAAUCUUGUAAUAUUACACCUGCAGCAGGGAGACACUGUAUGGGUAAAACAUCAUCGUGGUAUACUGGUUAUUAUACCUACAGUAACGCACCAGUAACAGCGU